AUGGCCCGGUUCUCGCUGUGCUUGGCGGCGGCGUGCUGCUGCUGCCUUGCGCUGCUCCUGCCGCCGCCGACGGAGCAGCAGGGCAGCAUGUCGGUAAAGGCGACGCCGUCGUGGUCACCGCCGCCGCCGCCGACGGCAGGGGGCGUCGUCACGCCGGAGCUGCGGUGGGUGCCUGGAGGCGCGAACCCGUUGCACAACCACGGCAGUACCACCAGGCAGGAUGAGGAACGCACCCCACCGGCGGCAGCGGCGGCUGUGGAGGGGAGCGUCGCCAGGCCGGAGAUGCGGACUAGAGACCACGGAAGCACCCCACCCCGUCCCCGUGACCCGGCGGGCGGACCGCAGAGGAUCUGA